UUCCCCAUGUCUCUGUUUGUUUUUCUCUCCUCUUUCUGUCAUUUUUGCUUUCUAACAUGAGAAGACAUCUCAGGCAGAAUAUAAAACAACUAACGACAAGUUACAGUAGCGGGUUCUAUUCGCCGAGACAUGUCGUUGAUUGCGCCCUAGACGAUGCUGUUAAGUUAAAAGAUUUGAAUGCAUUUAUAAAACUUACACCGGAAUUGGCUCUGCAUCAGGCCAAGGAAUCGGCGCUACGUUAUCAUGAAAAACAACAGAAGGGCCCAUUGGACGGGGUCACUGUGGCAGUGAAAGAUAACUUCUGUACCAAGGGCAUAACCACAACAUGUGCAUCCAAGAUGCUACAAGAUUUUGUUCCUCCCUACAAUGCCACGGUGUAUGAACGUCUAGUCAAUGCCGGGGCGGUAUUGAUUGGAAAAACCAAUAUGGACCAAUUUGCAAUGGGUUCCGGCACAGUUGAUUCUAUAUUUGGACCAACCAAAAAUGUGUGGAGCAAAAGCCUGGAGAAUAAUGACUGGUGCAUCGCAGGAGGAAGUUCAGGAGGCUCUGCCAUAGCAGUUGCAAGUGGUAUUUGUUAUGCUGGUAUUGGUUCCGACACUGGAGGUUCCACACGUAAUCCUGCCGCAUAUUGUGGUGUUGUUGGCCUAAAACCUACCUAUGGAUUGGUAUCACGCCAUGGACUUAUACCAUUGGUAAACUCAAUGGACGUUCCUGGAAUAUUUGCACGUUCUACAAGUGAUUGUGUGGAUAUUUUAAAUGCUAUUGCUGGACCCGAUCGCUUAGACUCUACGACAAUUUCCAAACCAUAUCAUCCAAUUGCUUUGCCCGAACCAGAACAGAUUGAUUUAAGCAAAAUUCGCAUUGGUAUACCAAAGGAAUACCAUUGUACUGGACUUUCACCAGAAGUAUUGGAGACAUGGGCCAAAAUUGCUGAUAUACUAGAAGAUGGCGGUGCAAUGGUUAAGCAAGUAUCAUUGCCCCACACACCGAGCAGCAUUUACGUUUACUCAAUUCUAAAUCAAUGUGAAGUGGCAAGUAACAUGGCUCGUUAUGAUGGCAUUGAAUAUGGACAUCGAGCAGACGAUGAUCGUAGCACUGAGGAUUUGUACGCCAAGACCAGAGCUGAAGGCUUCAACAGUGUGGUUAAGAAUCGCAUUUUGUCGGGAAAUUAUUUCCUUUUAAGGGAAAACUACAACAAAUACUUUGAAAAGGCUCUCAGGGUUAGACGUCUAAUAGCCAAUGAUUUCCAAAAUGUAUUUGAGAAUGUUAAUGCCGAUGAAAAUGUAGAUAUUCUGCUGACACCCACAACACUAACGGAUGCACCAUUGUAUAAAGAUUUUAUUUCACUUUCCAAUCGGGAUCAGUGUGCGGUACAAGACUACUGUACACAGCCGGCUAAUAUGGCCGGUAUUCCAGCUUUAUCACUACCAAUACGCUUAUCUCAACAAGGACUACCUAUUGGCCUUCAACUAAUGGCCAACGUAUUGAAUGAACAAUUGCUUUUGACCGUAACCAGGUGGAUUGAAGCCCAAGUGGGGUUUGAUUGUUUAAAUAAUGAACAGUUGUAUAAUAUAAGAAAAUAAAUACAGUUAUAUUUGUUAAAAGCUA